AUGGCGAUGGCGACGAAGAUAGUCCACGACGGACGGAACGGCAUCCGACGGUCCCUCCGAGACCCACAGCGUGGCUCAAGUUCACCUGCAGCAUCCGGAGAUCCCCUGGACGUCACUGGAACAACAUUCUCCCAGAUUGCCGGCCUCGUCCUGGGCUGGGUUGGGAACCAUGACCGACGGAGCUCUUACGAAACAACGAUCUUCAUCCCCAAGAAGAACUGCAGUCCGAUCAUAAUUGACGGAUCGCGCGCGAACACGAUACCCAAAUCGCCCACGCUGCCGCCGUUGCCGAGCAUGCACGGUGUCGAUGUACCCAUUUAUGAAAAGGCCGAGUACACGAUUGCAAUCUGCUCUAUUCAGACGUUUGGUGACACCCGCCCGCAUGGUUCCGUCUGCGACAAGACGCAAUCGAUAGUCCGCCCACCGUCCAUGUCACUCGAAGUCUUCCUCUAA